AUGGCCGAGAAAAUCGCCGGCCCCUUCGUGGAUCUAUACCGCCACCUCUCCAGCAAGGGCAGGAAGCUCCAGAAUGUCUCUUCCGAAAAGGGCAUAUCCCCUGAGAGUCUCCUCGCCCUUCUCCACGACAAUGGAAGAGUCAACGAUGUUAUUCGCCGGCAGCUUCAAGACACAGACGGAAAGGAGAUACUAGCCAUAUCGAAGAGGAUCAAGAGGCUACUCGAUGUUUGCCUCGUAUUCAUGGCCUGGAUCAUGUUUGCUCUGAAUUCCUUCGACCGGAGCAGUCUCGGGAAUGCACGAGUCAUGGGCUUGCAGCAAGAUCUGGACAUGAACUCAAACCAGUACGGUCUCGCCAUGAUGCUGCUUUUUAUUGCAUAUGUCAUGGCACAGGUUCCCUCGAACUACUACCUGGCAAAGGGACGCCCUUCAAUCUAUCUCCCCGGCGUGAUGGUCCUUUGGGGCUGUGUGUGCACGGCCACGGCAUUCGUGAAGGCUCCGUCACAGUUGUACGCAGUGCGCUUCCUCUUGGGUCUCCUGGAGGCGCCUUUCUGCGUCGGCUGCCUGUUCCUCAUCUCGUCCUGGUACACAAGGACCGAGCUUGGGCUACGCAGUGCCAUCCUUUUGACCGCGCCCAUGACGGCGAACGCCUUCUCUGGCCUUAUCGCUUUUGGAAUCUACGACACAAUCGACGGAGCAAGGGGCCUGGAGGGCUGGCGCUGGCUGUUCGUUGUAGGCGGUGUCAGCACGGUCUUCAUUGCUUGCGUCGCUUUUUACGUCCUUCCGGAUUUCCCGUCCAACACCCGCUACCUUUCUGAGAAAGAGCUCGCGGUUGCUCAACUGCGAUUGAUUGCCGACGGUGUUCAGGCUGAUGAAAGCGAAAAUGGCCGCUGGCGUGGCCUAGCCAUGGCCGUCAGCAGCUGGCAGGUGUGGGUUUUCGCGGGGAUGUUCCUGCUUCUGGCGAUCGGCGCAUCGGUACACAACUUCUUCCCCUCGGUCGUCAACACGCUCGGGUUUUCCCGAAACACGACCCUGUGGAUGACGGCGCCUCCGUAUCUCGUUGGAGUUGUCGUCACCAUCGCCAACAGCCUGUUCGCUGACCGGCAUCGAAACGCUUCUUUCCACGUUAUCGGGCCGGCCGCGCUGGCAACGCUGGGUUUCUUGCUAUUCUUGCUCGACCCACCGUCCGCACGAGGCGGUGUGUGGCUUCGCUACGCCGCGGCUUUCCUCAUGAUUGUUGGUGCGCAUUCGGGGUAUCCGGUCGUUCUCUCUUGGGCACAGAAGACAGUACGCCGGCCUAGAGAGAUGCGAGCUUGCGCUAUCGCCAUCAUCAAUGCCUCUGGAAGCAUAUCACAGAUCGUAACUUCCGAACUGUAUCCAAAUCGAUGGGCGCCGAGGUAUGUACAGUCGAUGUCUCUGAAUACAUCGUGCGCCCUGGGAGCUAUAUUGCUUGCGAUUCUCAUGCGUACGAUGCUGCGACGUCAGAACAAGAGACUGGAUCGAGAAGAGGCGGCUGUCAUUGCUGCGAUGCAGGACUUCCCGGGUACGGAUGCAGCAGGACAGGCGACAGGACUUUCGUGGAGGUACAUCACUUGA